AUGACGACGCCUGCAAUUCGCAUUCCCUUCACGGGUCCAUUGCCGCCUGCUAUUAUAGUCCCUCGUUCUGCAACAACAAUUGCAGGGGCCAUCGAGGCCAUUAGCACGUUCUUCACUGCGCCACCGUCCUUCAAUCUCCGGGGUGUUGAUGUGGGGAGACAUUCCCAGACGGUGCUACUGACUGGCGCAGGCAUCUCCGUUGCGUCCGGUCUGUCAGACUAUCGCGGUGAUCAAGGUACCUACCGACGAAACAAAUCCUAUCGUCCAAUUUAUUACCACGAGUUCAUCGCCCAUCAUGAGUCUCGCAAGCGGUAUUGGGCGCGCAGCUUCGUCGGAUGGCCCGGCCUCGUGAAAGCAAAGCCGAACUCGACCCACUGGGCUAUCAAAGGUCUCAGUGAUAAAGGGUAUAUCAGUUCCGUAGUGACGCAGAACGUCGAUUCGUUCCAUUCUCUCGCACAUCCAGAACAGUCUACGCUCGAACUUCACGGUUACCUACGAUCAGUUGUCUGCACUAGUUGUCGGAAUGAACUUCCCCGCGCCGACUUUCAAUCAUCGCUAGAAAGACUCAAUCCAGCAUGGGCAGAUUUUCUGGCUCGUAUGGUUGAAGAGGGUGCACUUGAUACCGAUAACCCGGAUGAGCAAAGGCGGAAAGGCUUGAAGCUCAACCCCGAUGGUGACGUUGACCUUGCCGAAGCGCCAUAUUCGACCUUCCGUUAUCCUUCCUGUCCUAUCUGCUUGGAAAGCCCUCCCACGUUGCGCGAUGGCAAAAAAGGGGUCGUAGAGGUGGAGAGUGACGGCGCAUUGUCGUCGACCUCCAACGCCGGCAUCUUGAAACCUGCAGUGAUCAUGUUUGGAGAAAAUAUCGAUCCACUGGUGAAGACGGCAGCUGAAGAGGCGAUCGAUGAUGCUGGGCGACUACUCGUUCUUGGGAGCAGCUUGGCAACUUUCUCCGCGUGGCGCUUGGUGGAACGCGCACACAAACGGGGUAUGCCUAUUGGCAUUAUCAAUGUUGGCGGAGUACGAAACGAGGCCCUGCUAUUUGGAGAUCUCGGACAAGAUCCCACUGCUCAUGUCCGAUGUAGCCAUCCAUGCCAGGCUAUCCUGCCGCCCGUUGCAUCCCAACUUCCAGUCCAUGCAAUCUAG